UCCUAACUUCCAAUCACAACCUUCUAAAGUUAGUUAGAGACAUAGCCACACACGUCAAUUAUCCAUAGAGAGAGUGGUUCCUCCAAGCCACAACUUGAAGAGUUGGAGUUAUCACCAUCCUAGUCUUUAGCCACUCAAAUAGCAACCAUAUGAACCCAUGAGCAAGUGAAUCUACAUGGCCUAAAUGUUAACAGGGGGCGAAUACACAAACCACGGCCGGCAGCUUCAGCCGGAGACAUGCCAGACCGAGCUAAACCUUCCCAGAGUACUAUGCGUCCUGUCUUCGACGUUAGAGAAGCUGGUGGCUCGAAACGAAAAGCUGGUGCAUGAACUGAGCCAGGAGGUAGAUGGCUCCAUAAGAAUAGGGAAGAGCUUGAAUGCGUUCCAUGGUGUAAGGGCCCCAAGCAUAAGCAUACCAAAGUACUUAGAGAGGAUAUACAAGUACACUAAUUGCAGCCCUUCUUGUUUUGUGGUUGGCUAUGUCUACAUUGAUAGGCUCACACACCUGCACCCUGAUUCUCUUGUCAUAUCCUUGAACAUCCACAGAUUGCUAGUUACCAGUGUCAUGAUUGCUUCCAAGAUGCUCGAUGAUGAGCAUUACAACAAUGCAGUAUAUGCAAGAGUAGGAGGAGUAAGCAAUGCAGAAUUAAACAAGCUUGAAUUGGAGCUACUCUUUCUCUUGGAUUUUGGAGUGAUGGUAAGCUCAAGAGUAUUUGAGAGCUAUUGCUUGCACUUGGAGAAAGAGAUGGUGGUCAAUGGCACUGGCCUCAUCAAGGUUGAAAGGGCAUUGGCAUCACCAAAGGCUAUGCUAAUGGAUGAACAUGACCAUAACCAUCUUAACCAUGAGCCUGAAAUAUUAGUUGAAGAUAACAACAACAGCAACCAAAGUUCUCCUCUACCUCAAAUUCUGGAUAGUGAACUCACUUUUUCUUAGCUAAUUUUUUGGUCUCAUGGUGUAAUAAUUAUUGGAUUAUUCAUCAUGGUUUGAAUACAACCGAGUUUAUAAUUUUUUUUUCU